UCAUUAUUUGGCUUCGCAUUACCCAAUUGAUUUUAUACACGCAAACCAAACAAGAAAUAUCACAAUCCGAAACCCUAAUUUACUAUCUCAUCUCUUUUCGCCAAACAAAAACUCCGAUUCCGUGAUUUCUUGGCUUAAAAUUAAAAUUAUUUGAUCUGGGUUCCUGAAUUUGUAAACCCUUGCUUCGUCCUAGUAUUGGAAUAGCUAGAAAACUCGCAAACCACAAUCUUUUGAAGCGACGACGGUUUGAAGAUGAUUGUGAGUCAAAAAUUGGUGGCAGAACCGGAGAUUAUGUACAAAACUCCAAUUAUUGAUGUGCAGUAUCACCUCCAGAACUUGAACGUUGAUGUUUCCGCUCCUUCAACUCCGAUCCUUCAGUCCUUAUCCGCCGAUAUCUCACGAUUUGAGUCGGCUGUGAGUCGCACAGAGAUAAUGAAUCAAGCAGGCAGUGAAUCUUCUACAGUCAUGCCUUUUCCAAGAAUUCGCUCUGGUAGCUAUGCUGAUAUUGGAACUAGGCCCUCCAUGGAUGAUGAACACAUUCAGAUUGAUGAUCUAUCUGCUCAUUUAGGUUCUUUCUUUAAGUGGCCAAGUUCGUUUUAUGGAGUGUUUGAUGGUCAUGGGGGCCCUGAAGCUGCUGCUUAUAUCAAAAGAAACGCCAUGAGAUAUUUUUUUGAAGAUGCUGAGCUGCCUUGCACAUCUGAUAUUGAUACUGUUUUCUUAGAGGCAUUGGUGGAUUCUCAUAGGAAAGCUUUUUUACUAGCAGAUGUUGCCUUGGCUGAUGAAAGUAGCGUUAGUAGUUCUUGCGGCACAACAGCGCUGACUGCGCUAGUAAUUGGAAGGCAUUUAGUGGUCGCAAAUGUUGGUGACUGCCGAGCAGUUUUAUGCAAGAAAGGGAUAGCUGUUGAUAUGUCCCAAGAUCACAGGCCUUCUUAUUUGCCAGAGCGCAAGCGGGUCGAGGAGUUAGGUGGUUAUAUUGAAGAUGAAUAUCUGAAUGGUUAUCUUUCAGUUACUAGAGCUCUAGGAGACUGGGAUUUAAAACUUCCACUUGGGGCUGCAUCGCCUCUCAUUGCCGAGCCAGAAGUUCAAAAGCUUUUGUUAACAGAGGAUGAUGAGUUCUUGAUCAUAGGCUGUGAUGGCAUAUGGGAUGUUAUAUCAAGUCAGAAUGCUGUUAGCUUUGUCCGCCGUGGCCUCAGGCGUCAUGAUGACCCAGAGCUGUGCGCCAGAGAACUGGUCAUGGAAGCAGCUCGUCUAAAUUCAACCGAUAAUCUAACUGUGGUCAUCAUCUGUUUCUCAUCACCAAGUCCAGUUGAAUCAUGUCCUCCUCAGCGGCGAAGGUUGAGGUGCUGUGGUCUUUCUGAAGAAGCUCGGAAUAGGUUGAAGAGCUUAUUGGAAGGCAAUUGAAUGUAGAGGCAUUAUUUUGUAUUAUGACGAUGCGAUUUUUCUCUGUUUGAGGCUGUUUCAGAUGAUUUUAGAAAAAGCAGCCAGCAGUUUUGCAAGGGUAGAAGAAAAUACUGGGUUAGUAUAGAAUCAAAUAGAGUGUAUGGUUCUAGAUUUGAACGUUUAAUGACAAAAACCAGAUUAUUUUAACGUGAUUA